ACAAUUGAUAACGACUGAUAAAAAACGUCAAUAACGACAUUGUUGAAGUUCAACGAAAAAUCUUUAUUAUUAUAAAACGAUAUAAACAUUAUGUCAACAGUGAGUGAAAAAGAAGUAGACGUUAUGCACGGAUUAAAAACUGUUUUAGCUCAAAUAGAGUCUGCUGUAGCCCGGAGAAGUAAAGAUCUGCCACAAGUAAUACCAAGAUUAGUUGCAGUAUCAAAAAUAAAACCUGCUACAUUAAUAGUCCAAGCUUAUGAAGCAGGGCAAAGACAUUUCGGAGAAAAUUAUGUUAAUGAACUGGCAGAUAAAGCUAAAGAUCCAUUAAUAUUGGAAAAUUGCAAGGAUAUAAAAUGGCAUUUCAUUGGUCACCUACAAACAAAUAAAAUAAAUAAACUACUUGGCUCUCCGGGAUUGUUUAUGGUUGAAACUGUGGAUUCUGAAAAGCUGGCAGACAAUUUAAAUAAACAAUGGUUGAAAUAUAGAAAUGAGGAAGAAAAAUUAAAGAUUAUGGUGCAAAUUAAUACUAGUGGUGAAGAAGUAAAAAAUGGCAUAGAACCACCAGAGACAUGUCAACUAGUUGAGCAUGUCCUGAAGAAUUGUCCAAAUCUCGAGUUUACAGGGCUAAUGACUAUUGGACAGUAUGACUAUGAUUUAUCAAAAGGCCCCAAUCCAGAUUUUAUAACAUUGGCAAAAUGUCGAGAAGAAGUCUGCAACAAACUGAAUUUGGAUAUAAAAAAUGUAGAAUUGUCUAUGGGUAUGUCGAGUGAUUUUGAACAUGCUAUUGAAGUUGGAGCUACGACAGUUCGUGUAGGCUCAAAUAUCUUUGGUGCUAGGCCGCCAAAUUUCAAACCUUAGGUUAUCGUAAAUGAAUAAGCACAAAGUCUUCCAAAGUGUAAUGUUAUUUGUUUAGGUAAAACACAUUGCUGGCAAUUUUUCUCAUCUUAAAUGAUUCGAGAUUAGAAUAUGUUAUGAAAGUGAGAUUGUUAUUUAAUGUUAUGUUUUUAGAUUUCAGAUUAAAUACGUUUUACAAUU